UGAUAUUCUUAUUCGUGUUUCGUUUUUCGAAGAAAGUUCUGCCAAAAGGCAGGAAGACAGGACGUUUGAAGAUUUCCGUCCGGUGACAAGUAUCGUGUAGAGAGAAGUUAGCUAAGAGCAGAAUUUUGGUAGCUUUACGGUUCAUGAAAAUAAAUUUGACCCGCGAUGUUGUCUCUAUUGCGAACAAAACCCUUAAUGAAGCUUAUAGUUGGUAUAUAAAAUCAGGUAAGUAUAUAAAUGUAUGGGUAACUAAGCAAAGUAAUGUAUAAAUGAGCAAGAACGAAUAAAUAGGAUUAAAAUUAAGUCGGAUUUAACACUGAGUGGGCUACUUACCUAUGAGUUUCUUAUCAACAAGUUAUUUGAACAUCAAAUUGGAAGUGGAAUUCAAAAGAAAACAAUAGCAAUUCAUUCAACUACGGUGUAUUGUUAAAAUAUAUUACCGCAUUCUCCAUGAUGGCCCUAAGACAUUUAACUAAAGAAAAGUCAUGCGCGAGUCAUGGAAUUAUAGCAUUUUAAAGCAUCUAGAUCUUCGUUUUGUCCCUUUAAUACAUAUAAAUGAUCUUGUGGAAGGCCCGAUCCGCAUUUACCCGAAUGCUUCCUUGUUAAGCCAUUUCUUGCCAUGUUCUAUGUUUGUUUAGAGCCAUCCACUCAUUUAAAAAAGCUUUAGAUCGAUUAGCGGACCAUAGAGCAGUUGAGAAAAUGGAAGCUGCAGAGUAUCGCCCAGUCCAAAGUGCCAUCGAUAAGGAAGUUUCGCAAAAACAGCGAUAUGCUCGUUUUCAAGACAGACAGGACAAGAGUGAUAUGCCUACUAACAUGAUGUUAAAAAUAGCUCAUGGGAAAUAUUGGACCUCAUGGCGAGGAAUUCCCGUUCUGAAGGACUGCCUCGACCUUAUAGCAGUCCAGGAGUUGUUUUGGGAGUUAAAGCCUAGAACCGUUAUUGAGCUUGGAGCCUACAAAGGCGGCUCAGCUUUGUGGGCAGCGGACAUGCUGAAAAUGAUAGGUGUCACAUCACGCGUUCUGUCAAUGGAUAUUGAUCUUUCUUUACUGGAUCCAGUCGCUAAAGCAUACCCGGAUGUUACCUUCAUUCAAGGGGAUUCACUUGAGAUUGACAAAUGUUUUCCUCCAGAAUUACUCCAGGAACUUCCUCACCCAUGGUUUAUAACUGAAGAUGCUCAUGUCAACGUCACCGGUGUGCUUGAGUACUUUGAUAAGUUCACGGAGCCUGAUGACUACAUCUGUGUUGAAGACACCAAUCCCAUAGUUCCAAACUCACCUGGUCAGGGGCUCGCCAAGGAGCUUGGGUACACUCCACUGGGUAGUGUGAAGCUUGACGCGGUUAAGCUCUUCAUGAAAGACAAAGGUGAAAGAUACCUCGUGGAUCAGCGAUACGCAGAUUUUUUCGGAUACAACGUUACUUGGAACAUGAACAGUUAUUUGAAACGAGUGUAGAUGUCAGAAACAUCUCAAUCCCAGGUGAACAAUCCUGGAUUCUUAAAAAAAUAAACUUAUUGACAGGGUUCUGCACGAAGGACACAAACAAGGGGUCGUAACAUAAUUUUUCUUGUUUCAAAUACAUAACAUCUUCACCACGCUCAGUGAGCCAUUCUGUUUCUUUACAUGUCAAGCUAGCAGUAGCACAUUUGCCAAUUCUGUUAAAUCAACCAACUGUAGUCUUAAAGUUUAGUGUUGAGUAAAAUAAAAGGUGUAAUCAGA